AUGAGCGAGCGCGUGAUGAGCGCGCUUGAGGAUAAGCGAGUGCAGCUCGUCGUGGGUGGUGUUGGGAUCACCGGCGGGAUCUACGUCGCCGUCAAGCUGUCCUGGUUCCGUAAGAACCCGUUCAAAUCGUUCGGGGGCAAGACGGGCGCGAUGGCCAAGGACUUGGUCGAUCGUGGCAUCCAGUCGUACAACGAGUUCUUCGAUCAAGAGGACGGUAAAGGCGUGGGAUCGAGGAUCCUCUCCACUCCCGAUUUCGUGAACAAAUUCUACUCUCUCAUCACGGACUUCUACGAGUACGGCUGGGGCGAGAGCUUCCACUUCGCGGCUCGCGAGAAGGGCGAGAGCUUUGAAGAUUCCAUCAUUCGCCAGGAAGUUGCGAUUGCGGAAAACAUUGGCUUGAAGGAAGGCAUGAACGUGAUUGACCUCGGGUGCGGCGUUGGCGGCCCGAUGCGUAACAUUGUGAAGGCCACGGGCGGUAAAGUUACCGGUAUCACUAUCAACGAGUACCAAGUAGGACGAUGCACCACGUUGAACAAGGCUGCCGGCGUCGAACACCUCACGGAGAUCGUCCAAGGUAACUUCAUGGACCUCUCCAAGGUGUUCAAGGGGCGAAAGUUCGAUGGCGCGUACGCCAUCGAAGCCGCUUGCCACGCCUCGAACACGACGGCGCUUUACAAGGAAGUCUUCCAAGUUUUAAAGCCGGGCGCGCUCUUCGCCUCUUAUGAGUGGCUGCGCACCGAUAAGUACGACCCGAACAACAAGGUUCACGUCGACGUCGUCGACGGCAUCGCUGAAGGGAACGCGUUGCCGGAAGUGCGCACUAUCGAAGACUGCGUCAAAGCCGCAAAGGCCGCUGGCUUCGAAGUUCAAUUCACGUUUGAUCGCGCCACGCUCGGUGGCGUGCCGUGGCAGCAAGCCAUGAAGUCAGCCCGCCGCGCCGCGUACCUCACCCACAUCCUCACAGGUGUGCUCGAGUUCAUCGGUUUCGCGCCGAAGGGUACGCAGGCUGUGCACACCAUGUUGCUCAAGGCUGCCGUCAACCUCGAAAAGGGUGGUGACCUUGAAAUCUUCUCACCUAUGUACCUCAUCGUGAUGAAGAAGCCGAUGGGUGCUGCGGCUGUUGAGGCCUAA